AUGGACGCCAUAAUGCCCGCGCCUACGCCAGUUAUGGGCACAGAUCUGGUUCCCCCUUUCCUGUGGUUGAGCCAUCUCCAAACCCUCCUCUUCCCUCGACCUGGGGGCCAGCUCUCGGGUCGUUAUUACAUACACCUCCUGAGGCCGUUGGUUGCGCAGAGGGAGCCGUUGCUACGGAACCGUUUCCCCUGGAUUGUCUGGAAUCUGAAUACCGUCGAGGCAGCGUUGAUACAAGUGGUUGGGGUAUCCGAACGCACGAAUGGCCCGGUUGACCUGAUCCAUAUGGCCACCAUCAGCCGCGGCCAGAAUAAGGUUGCGUGCCGUUUUGUCAUGAACGAUAACCCGACAGCGUACGCAUUGGUCUACCAAACCAAAGCAAAGAAGGAUCUUGCCUACGCUCGCCUACAAGACCUUAAGGGCUUCUAUGAGCGCGUUUGCGACGUAACUGACGAUUUCCCUUCCGCGUCGUUCCCCGAUAAUGAACCAUACGAGGGAACCUGGCAAACUGUCCUAGAAUCAGCCUUCGAUAGACAAACUUUUACCUACAGAGAACAAUUCCCAAGCCAAGAUACCCCUGCACAAAACGCGACUAAGCUCCAGUCUAUCCCUUAG